AGGCUGAGCGCGCAGGCGGCCGGGGCAGACGCGGGACAAGGGGAACGAUGCGAGAAGCACCAGGAACCUCUCAAGGUCUUCUGCAAAGACGAUGGAGCCUUUAUCUGCGUGAUCUGCCGGGAGUCCCGCGCGCACCGCUCCCACAGGAUGCUGCCCGCGCAGGAUGCUCUCCAGGAAUACAAGGGACAAAUCCAGGCCCAUCUGCAAGCCCUGAAGGAAGAGAGAAAUAGACUCCUGGGGUUGCGAGAGGCUGAGAUGAGGAGGAAUUGGGAACACUUGGAGAAGACCACAGCCGAGCACCAGAGGGUCCUAUCCAAGUCGGAAGGGCUGAGGCUCUUCCUGGAGGACUAUGCCCAGCAUCUGCUGGCUCAGCUGGGGAACCUGGAGCGGGACAUUGAGAAGCUGCAGGAAGAAAAUGUCACCAGCUUGACAAAGGAGAUCUCCCGCCUGGAUUCCUUCAUCCAGGAGAUGGAGGAGAAGUGCCAGCAGCCAGCAAGUGAACACCUGCAGGACCUCAGAGGCACCUUGAGCAGGCUUGAAAGUGAGCACUUCCAGCAGCCCCCACUGCUGAUGCUUCCAGAGCUGGAGAAGAGAAUCAGCCACUUCAGGGAGAGAAACACUGCUCUGGAGGAGACCCUGAGGAGCUUCCAAGACAUCCUGAUGUUUGAGCUGCCAGAAAAGAUGAAGGUGACCCUGGACCCAUCCACUGCCCACCCGCAGCUCCUGGUGUCGGCCGACAAGAGGAGCGUGAGGUGGGACAAUGAUUCCCACCAGGAGCCCUGUGCUGAGGGCUUGGGCACCGACCCCUGUGUCCUGGGCCAUGAGGGCAUCACCGUGGGGACAUGCUGCUGGGAGGUGGAGGUGGCCCCCAGAGGCUCCUGGGCUGUCGGGGGGAGGAGGGAGGAGGCUGCCGAGGGCCCUGGGAUGGAGCUCUGGUCCAUGGGGCUCUGUGAGGGGCAGUUCUGGGCUCUCACCUCCCUCGAGCGCAUCCCGCUGUACCAGGUCCAGGUGCCCACCAGGGUCCGGGUCUCCCUGGACUAUGACAAGGGUCAGGUGGCAUUUUUCGAUGCCGAUAAGAGAUCCCUGAUCUUCACCUUCCCAGCAGCCUCCUUCAAAGGGGAGAGCAUCCACCCCUGGUUCCUGGUGUGGGGCGAGGGGGCCCACAUCACAUUGUGCCCAUGA